AUGACGUUGGUCAGGACAUGUAGCAUCGCUAUUCGUCUUGCUCAGAGGGGAUCUGACCAAAUGAAGGGACCAUGGAGUCCAGGAAAGGAGAGCAAAGAGAGCUCCUAUAGGAGUACCUGCCUCCUUCAGCCCACUACUCUUGUGCUGGUAAAUGCUACAGAAUGGCCACCUUUUGUGGUGAUGUUGGAUGAAGUGGAGCUGAUUCACUUGGAGCGAGUCCAGUUUCACCGGAAGAACUUUGACACAGUAAUCGUCUACAAGGACUACAGCAAGAAAGUGACAACGAUCAACGCCAUUCAUGUUGCCUCUCUUGACCCCAUCAAGGAAUGGUUGAAUUCUUGUGACCUAAAGUACACAGAAGGAGUACAGUCCCUCAACUGGACUACAGUUAUGAAGACCAAUGUUGAUGACCCUGAGGGCUUCUUAGAACAAGGUGGCUGGUCUUUCCUGGAACCUGAGGGUGAAGGGAGUGAUACUGAGGAAGGGGAUUCUGCGUCUUAAAUCGAAGAUGAGACUUUUAAUCCUUCAGAGGAUUACUGUGAAAAAGAGGAGGAGGACGGUGAGGAAGAUUAUUCAUCAGAAGCUGAAGAAUCAGAUUAUUCCACGGAAUCACUGGGCAGUGAAGAAGACAUUGGACAGGAUUGGGAUGAACUGGAGGAAGAAGCCCAAAAAGCUGACCGUGAAAGUCGCUAUGAGGAGGAAGAGGAACAGAGUUGCAGUAUGAGCUGGAAGAGGAAGGCAUCUGUGCACAGGUCAGGCCGAGGCUCUAACCGAGGUUCCAGACACAGCUCUGUGCCUCCCAAGAAAAAGAGGAAGUAA